GCUCUCGCCGGCCAGGUACAGAGCGCUACAUCAGAUGGCAACUUCAUCAACUUCUGCACCGGCAAGACGCUCACCAAUGGCAAGCAGGUCAAAGGCGGCUCCUGCAACCCCAUUCCCAUCGGCGACAUCCCCAACACGCAGAACAUGGUCACGGCUGUCUUUGAAUCACCCGCCAACUUUGCCAAGAUCCCCGCCAAGCAGGACUUUACCAUCGCUCUCCGUACCCAGGGACUCAUCAUGGGCUCCUUCGUCGAUCCGCAAGCGGACUACUAUGCAGCUCCUCAACAACUGCAGGGAGGCAAAAUCGUCGGUCACGCACACGUCGUCAUCCAGAAGAUGGACAGUAUCUCCUCGGCCAAGCUGCUCGACCCAAACACAUUCACCUUCUUCAAGGGAUUCGACUUCGCUGACGUCAAUGGUCUCUCCUCUCUUCCGGUAGCGGGCGGUCUCGCCGCUGGCGCCUACCGGAUGUGCACCAUCAUGUCCGCGUCGAACCAUCAGUCCGUCAUAAUGCCUGUCGCCCAGCGAGGAGCGGAGAAUACCUGUAGUUACUUCACAGCCGAGUAG